AUGUGUUCUGGUGCUUUCAUGGUGGUCUCAAAACAAAGUCCUCAGAAGGGCAAGGUGGAAGUGCGUCGAUCUGCUCGUCUUCGCCAAGUGCCUUCAAGGCCUGUGCAGAAGGCUGCCAGGAAGGAGCGAAAUCGUCUUGCCCUGCUUGAGACCGACUUCGCUACGGGCGAGGAGGCUGACCCUUGGGAUCCUGAAGGCAGCGACGUGGAGCUCUUCUCUUCGAGCUUCGCUCGCGGUGCCGGGAAGCGACGCAGUGGUGGAAAGGCUGACAGGCGAUCUUCCAAAACAGAGGUGCCGAUGAGACAGCGCAUACUGCGUCGGCCGAAUGCAAGAUAUGACUUUCAGGAUCUGGUCCACCGGGUUUUGGCAGAAGAACCCGCCGUGAACUUCUUCUCAUGCGAGGUGGGUGCGCCAGUGUUGCCCAAGCAGCCCCUUUGCGCCUGCUGCCUUCGACUUGGAAGGUACGUCAUUGUUCAAUUGGAAAUUCUGUACAAGUGUCCAAGAUGCAAAAGCAGCUUCUGCAGCGUGCGAUGCCAAAGAACGCACAAAGAGGCACUAUGCAGAUGA